GUCUUAGUUCCAGACUGGAGGGUUAACUCCUGGCCCACCACCCAGUUUCUGCCUAAUGGUGACGUUUCAAAGAUGGCAGUAGCCCCCUGGUUGUUGGGGGGCUCUGCUUCCGUUUCCGGGACAGAAUCCGGAAGUGCCAGUUGAGGGUCCUCUUCCUAUUUUCAGUUGCGUCGGCAGCUGGAGGAGAACGGUCGGUGAUGGCGGCGGUCACAGCGGACUCAGCUGCAGCUGCCACCCCGGCCUCCGCUGAGGACGGAGAGAGACAGCGUGAGGCCAUGCCAGGCCUGGACGAACAGUGGCGCCAAGUCGAGAAUGGGCGAGAGCGUCCACUGCGAGCUGGCGAAAGCUGGUUCCUUGUGGAGCAGCGUUGGUAUAAACAGUGGGAGACGUACGUGAAGGAAGGGGACCAGGGUGUGGACGCCUUUCCUGGCUGUAUCAACAACGCUGGACUCUUCGAAGGUACCGAGCUUUGGCCUCUUCCCCAUCAACAUUGCCCUGAGUUCUGUUCCUCUCUGUUCCCACAAGUAACCGUACUCCCGUUCUCUAAGCUUAGUCGUUUGCGGGGUGGCCAGAGUGAAGACCAUCUCUCCAGCCCCCAACAGUUUGGGGUCGGUCCAGAGGUGUAUGGACCUGUCUUCCCCUACUGGUUGGGUAGGUUUAUGGGUGUCGGUGCUCCUCUGUCUUCACAGGUGAUAGAACUUCCUGGCCUACGAAAGGUGGAAUUAUACCCGAUCGAGCUCCUGCUCGUCCAGCACAGUGAUAUGGAAACAGCUCUCACCAUUCGGUUCAGCCACACUGAUUCUGUGGACUUCGUCUUGCAAACAGCUCGGGAGCAGUUUCUGGUAGAGCCUCACGAGGAUGCACGCCUCUGGAUCAAGAACUCUGAGGGCUCUUUGGAUCGGUUGUGCAACACCCAGGUCACACUGCUCGAGGCCUCCAUUGAGACCGGGCAGCUGGUCAUCAUGGAGACCCGAAACAGAGACGGCACCUGGCCCAGCGCACAGCUGUGUGGCAUGAACAACACACCGGAGGAGGAUGAAGACUUCCGGGGACAGCCGGGCAUCUGUGGCCUCACCAACCUGGGCAACACAUGCUUCAUGAACUCGGCCCUACAGUGCCUCAGCAACGUGCCGCAGCUUACGGAGUACUUCCUCAACAACCGCUACCUGGAGGAACUCAACUUCUGGAACCCUCUGGGCAUGAAGGGGGAGCUCGCCGAGGCCUACGCUGACCUGGUCAAGCAGACUUGGUCUGGCUACCACCGCUCCGUCGCGCCGAGUGUGUUCAAGAACAAGGUCGGCCAUUUCGCAUCCCAGUUUCUGGGCUACCAGCAGCAUGACUCGCAGGAACUGCUGUCAUUCCUCCUGGACGGACUGCAUGAGGACCUCAAUCGAGUCAGAACGAAAGAAUAUGUGGAGCUGUGCAAUGGUGCUGGGCGGCCGGAUUUGGUAGGCUACCCUCUCUGGUUUCCCAUACCUACCUCAGAGUAUCCCCAAUUAGAAACUAACGACUGCCCACCUCCCUACCCCCACCACAUACACAGAUAUGAGGUGACUGGCCGGAUUGAGUUUGUUGAGGGUUCGAGAGAUGACAUUGUGAUUCCUGUCUACCUGCGAGAACGCACCCCAUCCCGAGACUACAACAACUCCUACUAUGGUCUGAUACUUUUCGGGCACCCGCUCCUGGUGUCCGUGCCCCGGGACCGGUUCUCCUGGGAGGGCCUGUAUAACAUCCUCAUGUAUCGUCUUUCACGAUACGUGACCAAACCCACCUCAGAUGAGGAUGAAGAAAAAGGGGAUGACGAUGAGGAUGAUGGCCAUGAAGAUAGCAGCAGUGAUGAAGAAAAAGAGGAAAUGCCUGACCCUUCCACUAACAAUAGUGUCCAGGAAACAGAGCAGGAGCAGGCUGGGCCCAGCUCUGGGGUCCCUAAGAAAUGCCCCUUCCUCUUGGACAACAACAGCCUGAACCCCUCUCAGUGGCCCCCGAAGCGGCGGCGCAAGCACCUGUUCACCCUGCAGACGGUGAACUCCAACGGGACCAGUGACCGGACCACCUCCCCCGAGGAAGUGAAAACCCAGCCCUACAUUGCCAUGGAUUGGGAACCGGAGAUGAAAAGGCGUUACUAUGAUGAAGUGGAAGCCGAGGGCUACGUGAAACACGACUGUGUGGGAUACAUGCUGAAGAAAAGUCCCGUACAGCUGCAGGAGUGUAUCGAACUGUUUACCACCGUGGAAACCCUCGAGAAGGAUAACCCGUGGUUCUGCUCCUCCUGUCAGCAGCACCAGCUGGCCACCAAGAAGCUGGACCUCUGGAUGCUGCCCGAAGUCCUCAUCAUCCACCUGAAGCGCUUUUCCUUUUCCAAAUUAUCUCGGGAGAAGCUGGACACCCUGGUGCAGUUUCCUAUCCGGGAUCUGGAUUUCUCUGAGUUUGUCAUCCAACCCAAAAACGACUCGGCUCCGGACCUGUACAAAUACGAUCUCAUCGCGGUUUCCAACCACUAUGGUGGCAUGCGCGACGGACACUAUACAACAUUCGCCUGCAACAAGGACAGCGGCCAGUGGCACUACUUUGAUGACAACAGUGUGUCACCUGUCAAUGAGAAUCAGAUUGAGUCCAAGGCGGCCUAUGUCUUGUUCUACCAACGCCAGGAUGUGGCUCGCCGCCAGUCCCGGACCGUCUCCUCUGGCAUCCCGACGUCGGUCUCGGGUUUGACACCCAACCCUGAAGUCAUGGAUGUUAACUAAGGGGUCCUGGAACAACCACAGAUAAGGAAGUCCCUUCCAUAGUCUACCCCUCCUCUUACCUGUGUUCAUCACCCCCCAAGCAUUGCAGGCUUAGUCCGUGGCUACUGUUUUCUUGUCCCGCUGUCAGCACUGACUUUCCUCUUUAGUCUUAUUUAUUUUACCCCUCCCCAUCUUUUCCUCACCCCAAAGUGUUCAAACCGUAUUAAAGGAAAAAAAAAAAGCAAGGAAUAAAUUUCCGCGGCUAACAAACAACAACGCGCGCCGGCGCGGACCGGUUUUCCCCGCUUCCCCUGUGUACAGCACUGACUUUUCCUCUUUAAUCUUAUUUAUGUGACCCCUUCCCCUCUUUUCCUCACCCCAAAGUGUUCUUAGUGGCUGAGAAUGGGGGUUCACAUGGACACAGAGUGUAUUUUCUUAUCGAUAUCGUAUACCUUCUGCUAUGUGUUAAAUAGACAUAAAAAGCUCCAGUCGGUCCCAUG